CCUAUAGAAAUAAAAUGAAAAAAAAAUUGCAUAUAGUUAAAAUUAUAAUAAAUAAUAUAUCCAAUAUAUUAUUAUACAGUUAUAUAUAUAUAUAUAUAAAAACAAUAGGUUCUACUUAUGAACAUUAGGCACGCAUCAACUUAGACUUCUCAAAGAGUGAAUUGUGGAACAUUUUGUUUCCCCAUUCACUAAGAAGAAAUGGCAGAAGCAGUCGUCUUCAACAUUGCAGAGGAAAUCAUCAAAAAGUUGGGUUCUCGUGGCCUCGAGGAGAUUGGGUUGUGGUGGGGUGUCAAGGAUGAGAUCGAGAAGCUGAAGAAAACAGUUUCCAUGAUCAAAGCUGUGCUGCUUCAUGCAGAGGAGCAAUCUUCUGUGAGCAAUGAAGUUCAAGAAUGGCUUGGGAUGUUAAAAGAAGCUUUCUACGAUGCAGAUGACUUGUUAGAUGAUUUUUCCACAGAGAAGCUUCGUAGGCAAGUGAUGUCUGGCAAUAGAAUUAUGAAGGAGGUACGCCUUUUCUUUUCACAUUCCAAUAAGCUUGUUUAUGGUUUCAAAAUGGGUCACAAGAUUAAAGAAAUUAGAGAUAGAUUGGCUGAGAUAGCUCUAGACAGGAAGUUUCAUUUAGAAGAACGUCAAAAAGAGACAUCUGAGACUGAAAUGAUCAGGGAAAGGGAACAAACUCACUCUUCUUUACCAGAAGUAGUCGUUGGUAGAGAAGAGGACAAGAACAAAAUUGUAGAGCUUUUGUUUUGUUCCAACUUUGAAGAAAAUGUGCCAGUGAUUUCAGUAGUUGGAAUUGGAGGGUUAGGAAAGACAACACUAGCUCAACUUGUAUACAAUAAUCAGAAAGUUAAAACACAUUUUGAGCUAAAAUUAUGGAUUUGUGUGUCUGAUAAUUUUGAUGUAAAACUCAUAGUUGAAAAGCUUGUAGAAUCUGUCACUGGUGAUAGACGUAGUAAUCUUGAGAUGGAUACACUGAAAAACAUCCUUCAUGAAAAUAUUAUUGGGAAAAAUUAUUUGAUUGUGUUGGAUGAUGUGUGGAAUGAGGAUCCUGCAAAAUGGUUUCGUUUGAAAGAUUUAUUGGUAGGUGGUGCCAGAGGAAGUAGAAUAAUAAUAACCACACGUCUCAAAAGGGUUGCUGAGAUAACUCGCUCAGUUUCAAUAUAUGAAUUGCAGGGCUUGUCUGAAAUUGAGUCUUGGUCAUUGUUUAAACAAAUGGCAUUUAAACGAGGGCAAGUGCCGAGCCCAAGUCACGAGGCAAUUGGAAAGGAAAUUGUAGCAAAAUGUGCAGGGGUCCCUCUAGCCAUUAGAGCAAUAGGAGCUCUAUUGUAUUAUAGAAAUACUGAGUCUGAAUGGUUGUCUUUCAAAAAUAAGGAACUCUCAAAAGUAGAUCAGCAAGAAAGUAAUAUUUUACCCACUCUUAAAUUGAGUUAUAAUCAUCUACCCUCACAUUUGAAGCAAUGCUUUGCCUAUUGUAGAUUGUUUCCAAAAGAUUACAAAAUUAAUGUACAAACAUUGAUACAUCUUUGGAUGGCACAAGGAUAUAUCGUGUUAUCAGAUCCUUCCCAAUGCUUUGAAGAGAUUGGUCUUGCAUACUUUACGGAUCUUCUUUCGAGGUCUUUUUUUCAAGAAGUUGAAAAUGACAGGUGGGGAAACAUAGAAUCUUGUAAAAUGCAUGAUUUGAUGCAUGAUCUCGCUGCAUUAGUGAGUGGAGGAGCAAGUGCCGUACUAGAUUCAAAUGUGGCAUAUGUUGAUGAAAGAACUCGACAUAUAUCCAUUGCUUCCAAUUCAGACUCAAGAUGGGAAGUUUUACCUUCUUUGCUUAAAGUAAGGAAGGCAAGGUCAUUGCUUCUACCAAAUGGAUCAAAAUGGAGUGAAAUCCAAGAAGACCAGUGCCAUUUGAUUUUUUCCAAGCUGCGACGUUUACGAGUGUUAGAUCUGCAUGAUUCAGGCAUUGAGAUGGUGCUGAGUUCUGUUGAUAAACUGAAGCAUCUAAGGUAUCUUGAUCUUUCUGGGAAUGAAAGGAUCAAGAUACUUCCUGAUUCUAUUACAAGACUGCAGAACUUACAAAUUCUGAAACUGGUAGAGUGCAUGGCACUUGAACAAUUGCCAAAAGACAUAAAAAAGUUGGUCAAUCUUAGGCAACUUAGCCUGGAAUCAUGUUAUUCCUUAAGUCAUAUGCCUCGUGGGAUUGGGAAAUUGACAUGCCUUGAAAAAUUAUCAAACUUCCUUGUUGCCAGAGAUAGUUCUGUCUCCAAGCAUAGUGGUGGACUUGAUGAAUUACAUGCCUUAAACAACUUGAAAGGAACGCUACGAAUCAGUUUAGGGUAUGCAGUGAAAAAUAGAGCAUCAGCAUCAGAUUUUAAGGCUGCCAAUUUGAAAGAGAAGCAACACCUUCAGCUCUUGAGUUUAGAUUGGAGUCAACUUGAAAAUGAUAUUGAUGAUGUUGCAAAUGAUGUUGAUAUUGAGGAAAUGUCAUUGGAGAAUUUAAGGCCACACCAAAAUCUGAGAGGGUUGCUUUUGUGGGAUUACAGUGGAGUGAAGUCUCCAAGUUGGUUUCCUUCCCUCGUUAAUUUGAUGAGCAUUUCUUUCCUUAACUGCAAAAACAUCCAACAUCUCCCAUCAUUGGAUAUACUCCCCUCUCUCGAAGGUUUAGAAAUUGAAGAAUCAACUAAUCUAGUGUACAUAGAUACUGAAGGAGAAUCCACAUUAUUCUUCCCUUCCCUAAAGUAUCUUUUUCUCAGAAAUUGCCCAAAUCUGAAGGGAUGGCGGAGAUGCAGCGGGGAUAAUAGAACAGCAGCAGAACUGCUUCCAUUGCGUUGUCUUUCUGAUUUCGAGAUACACUCUUGCCGUAACCUGACUUCAAUCCCACCUUUACCAUCACUUGAGAGACUGAGAUUGGAAAAAUCUAGCAUGAGUUCAUUGGAGCAGAUACUGAACUUGACAAUUUCGGUAUCAAAUUCCAGCUCAUCUUCUUCUUUUCAUCCAUCUUCUCCACUUUCCUAUGCUGGGUCUCAGUUGAAAAGCUUGACGGUUUGGGAAAUUGAGGAUUUAGAAUUUCUGCCAGAGGAGUUGCUGCCAUGCUUCACUUCUCUUCAAGAAGUGAGUAUUUUUGAUUGCUCGAGGUUGACUACUGCUGCAUCUGAAGGUGAGAAUGAUGACAAUGAGCAAUGGAAAGGCCUUAAAAGCCUCCAUACUCUUCGAUUGGUUGGCAUUCCCGAAUUGGUGGCUAUCCCAAAGGGGCUUCAACAUGCAACUGCGCUGCGAUGUCUCAUAAUUGAAAGGUGUCAUAGUUUGAUGUCUUUACCAGAGUGGAUGGCAAAUCUCACUGGAUUACAGUAUCUAUCCAUCUAUGCAUGUUCAAGACUGAACGAGAGAUGGCGAAACAAAAUGGGUGAAGGCUGGCACAAGAUUUCCCACAUCCCAAAUAUUCAAAUAGACUCCAGAACAAUUCAACAGAACGGCCUCUACCAACUGUAAUUAGAAGAAACCUUUGCUGUUUUGCUGAUUUUUAUAUAGUAAUUCAAUAGUCCUCUGAUUUCUUGUUGGUACUUUCAUGCUUGUCUCUCUUGGCCAUGGAGGAACUUCAACUUGCUGCCUUUCUCCAUCAGCAUGUUAGCAAUUGGUGAUUUAUGAAACUCUUACAAUGUUGUGACCUGGUUACAACCAAACAGAAGAACAGAGGAAAGAGGGAAGAAAUGGAAGAAAGAGGAGAAAGAGAAGGAGAGAGAGAAAGAUCAAGAGGGAGAAAUAGAAAUUGUAUUGAUUAAUCUUGAUGUCCCAAUUACAACUUAAUUCUCUUAUUUAUCAGUUAUGAGUAACUACUGAUCAGCUAA